AUGAAUCGCAUUGCUAUUGCAUAUUUGAUCUUCUCAUUUCUCUUUAACUUUGGUGCCUCUUCUAUAACUGUCCCCUCCCUUGUAGUCCGCAGUCCAGUACACGGAAAUGAUUUUGGGGUUGGUGAGGACAUUCCUUAUGAGGUCUGCCCCGGACCUGGGAUUACUUCAAUUGAUUCCAUAGCGCUUAUAUCCAAUGAUCGAUUUCAUAUCUUGGAAAUAACUAUAUUAAGUAUUACAGUACAGCCAGCUAAUAAUCAGCUUUUGGCUAGUUCUGCGUCUUUUUCUGUCGGUAGCCCUGGAUUCGGGCUAAUUCUUACCCUUCCUGGCACGAAUAAAAAUGCUCAUUGUGGUGGUAAACUCAGGGUCAAAUGGAAAGACCCAUUUAAACUAUACCAAGGUCUUACUUUUCUCGAAUUUAACUUGGUUGAGUUUGUCGCAAGCGUUAUUCAAUUUUCGCCUCCAGCAGUGAGUGUUCCAGUUUCAGCGGGUGAAAGAACCGUCCGAAUCCCUCGGGGUCUUAAAAACCAUCAUAAUUAUAAUGUUGCGGUUCGCGUUGUUCGCAACGGUGUAACUGAGCAAUACUAUUCAGAUAAUUUCAGGAUCAGCGGCUGUAAAAACUAA